AUGGCCCGCUUUGAGGGUUUAGCCGCGCUGCAUCAGUAUGGGGAGGGAAUCAAAUGCAGGAUCUUCGCCACAACUCUGUCAGGAAUGGCUCAGCGGUGGUUUCACAACCUGAGAAGCAACUCUAUCCAAUCCUAUGGUGAUCUUUACCUCAUGUUCAUGAGACAAUUCGCUAGCGCAAAGAGGGUAGGGAGAACGGCCAUUUCUUUAAUGAACAUUAGACAGGAACCACAGGAAACGCUUCGCGAAUAUGUGGCCAGGUUCUGUAUAAUCGCGCUGGAUAUACCAGAGGCAGAAUCUCAAAUUAAAUGGUACGCCUUCACUAGAGGAUUAAAGCAAGGUCCGCUCUUUGAAGCACUUCAGAUUAAACCGCCUACCAGUUUUGAAGACAUCAUGACAAUAAUAUCGGGCUAUCUUCAGUUGGAAGAUGCGAAAAUGGCAAGGAAAGCGGAGGCCGACAAACUCAAGCUUAAAAAACAAGACAGCGCAGACACUGGAGAAAAAUACAUCACGAGGAACCCAUACCGGGGAUUACCCCUUAGAAUUCCAACAAUGGCAGUCGAGACCGAAGCCGUUCCACUGAUAGCAGCGCAGUCAGAGAGAAGGGAGGAACGCAGUGGUUACCGAGACGAUCUGCAAAAUCAGACCCAAUGGAAUCGCCACAUUGAUGAGAUUUUUCACCAAAUUAAAGAAGAGAAUUAUUUCAGAGCCCCAAAAGAUUACCACUCAGGAGCACCAAAGCCAGGCAGGAAUAAUCUAUUGUGUGAGUAUCACAACCGUUAUGGCCAUCCCACCCGCGAAUGCGGACACUUGAAACAUCAAUUGGAAAUCUUAGUAAAGAAAGGGUUCCUGGACCAGUAUAUAGAAAAGCCCUGUGGCACAUCCAGAGAGCGCCGCUAUGAUGAACAUAGACGGGACAGAGAAGAUGAGCGGCGCAGACACGACAACUUCCGCCAUGGACACGAUGACAGGGAUAGGAGGGAUAGGCACGAAGAGAGGAGGAAAAGAAAAGAUCACAGACGAGACAGUCAGGAUAGACAUAACCCCGCAAAUCAUGCUCAGUAUGACAGAGAAGUGCACAUGAUCACAGGAGAGAACAAUACACCAACAUCUAACAGAGCCAAAAAGCAAAUUGCUCGCACAGUUAGAUCCGGAUACUACGACCAAUCUGUCAUGGCAGUCAGCAUUGCGUCCGAUGAACCGACAAUAUCUUUUGGUCCAAAAGAUGCUAGGCCCCUAUUUUAUCCUCAUGACGACGCCUUGGUGUUUUCCGCGAAUGUGGUUAACGUGCUGGUGCACUGCAUCUUUGUCGACUCAGGCAGCGCUGUCAACAUUUUAUACUUGGAAUGCUGGCAGGCGAUGGGUUUGGAGGCUAAGUUAGAGCCCGCUAUGGCUCCUCUUUAUGGUUUCUCGGGGAAAUCAGUCCUACCGGUGGGAAGAAUCGAAUUGCCAAUGACGAUAGGGCAAGCAGGGGGAAAAAAGACUCGAAUGGUCAAAUUCUUGGUCAUCGACGCACCAAAGCCUUCUUACAACAGGAUCUUUGGGAGACCAGCGUUACAUUCUUUCAAAGCGGCAAUUUCUACUCUUUAUCUGAAGAUAAAGUUCCCCUUAGAAGGAGAAAAAAUUGGAGAAGUAUGGGGAGACCAAGCCGUGUUGAAAAAAUGUCACGUGCAAGUAUUAACUCAGUACUCGCGACAAAAAAGGGAAAGGUCAAUGUACCAAGCAGAGAUAAGCAAAAAAGGGAAAAUCGGAAUAGUUACUGCGUCAGAGCCCGAGCGCAAAGAAAUCGCAGAACUACAGGGGGGAAUGAUAAGAUCCCCCUCGUCACCGCCAGUGAUACGUGCAUGGUUAUCGAACUUUUCACGGAUAAGGAGGGAUUUACUACCAAAAUCGGGGCACAUAUGGAACCAGAGUUGCAAAGAAAGCACGACAGAUUUAAAGGGGAUUGAUAGAGAGCUGGCUGAACAUCGAUUGAACGUAGACCCCACAAUUAAGCCAGUAAAACAAAAGACGAGAUACUUCGGCGCAGAGAAAGAUGCCGCUAUUCGGGAGCAAGUACAAGCGUUGUUAGAGGCUGGGCAUAUUGUGGAAGUUCAAUAUUCGGAGUAG